AUGGAUAUUAUCAUGGAUGUGCAAGGAUUCAAGAUAGAAAACAACAAAUUCAUUGUCAAGGAGUUUGCAGUCUUCGAUGGGGUGAAAAUUUGCCAUUUUAUUUUCAAACCACCAUUUCCACUGAAUUUUUUACCUCCGAAUCUACAAAAGCAGGCUGAUUGGUUGGUUCGUAAUUUUCACUGCCUGGAAUGGAAGGAUGGAUUUAUCCCAUUACAUCAGUUCAGAAAUAUCUUGAAAAAACUGAGUGAUGGAGUCGAUCUAAUACAUAUCAAAGGGAAGGAGAAAGCUGGAUAUAUUCGAUGGUUCACUUCUGUUCCAGUAGUUGAAUUCGAUGAGCAACCUAUUUUACAACAGUCUGAACCGCAAUGUUUCUAUCAUAUGAAUUCAAAUAGCAUGUGUUCAUUGAAUGAUGUUUUUAUUUGUAUAAAAAAUGAAUUUGUUUCGUUUCAUUCAUAG